AUGUUGUGGUGGAAAAGAAUUUUCUAUAAUAUAUGGAUAUUUUCAAUAGUAAUAAUAAUAACUAGUGAGUUUUUAUUUGUAAAUUCGGUAGAAGUAGUAAAAGAAGAAAGAGAAGAAAAGCUUAGUAGAAGUUUCAGUGUACCACAAUAUUGGAAGAAUGUUAAUUUGAUUCGAGCUGUUGAGCUUCAUGAUCCUAUUGUUCGAGAAAGUAUAUCGUAUAAUGUAGAAAAUAUACAUGAAGAGCCUAUCGAUGAAUAUUAUUUUCCUAUUGCCGAGAAGUGGCAUGAUCAUUUAUCAUAUAUUGAAGCGAAGGGGAAAAAAACCAAAAUAUUAAAUGUAGAAAAAGCUGAAUUUGAUUUAGCAAAUCGAAUUCAAUAUUAUAAAAUAUAUUUUGAUCAACGCAUCGAGUCAAAAGGAAAAUAUAGAUUUGAGGUGAAGCUUGCAUAUACUCAUGUUUUAAGACCUUAUCCGUAUGAAAUUGAUCAAAAUGAUAAACAAUACUUGGUAUACGAGGGUAAUGUAUAUGGAAAUAGUGCAUAUUUUACCGAAAAUACCAAAACAAAUAUAAAUCAUACGGAGAAACCUCACCCAGUUACUCGUUUAGGAAAUAUGAUUUCAUAUGGAUUAUAUGUAGAUAAAGAACCUAACUCAUAUGAGAAAAUGGUAGUUCAUUAUGAACAGAUAGCAGCAAUAUUAACGGUUAGGAAAUUGAGACGUGAUUUAGAAAUAAGUCAUUGGGGAGGAAACUUGGCAGUUGAGGAACAUUUGGAUAUAAUUAACGAUGGCGCAAAAUUAAAAGGACAAUUUUCAAGAUAUAAAUUCCAACAAUCACUUUAUAAAUUAAAUGAAAUAGUUGUAAUUCGAGAUUUAAAAGUGGAUUUACCAGCCACCAGCAAAGAUAUUUAUUAUAGAGAUGAAAUUGGUAAUGUAUCAACUUCUAGUUUGAAACAUGAACUAGGCAAAACAGUGUUACAACUUAGACCAAGGUAUCCGCUUUUUGGUGGAUGGAAUUAUACAUGGUACCAUGGAUACAAUUUACCAAUCAAUCAUUUUGUCAGGUAUAAUUCAGAAAGUGAUAGAUAUAUAUUAAACGUACCCUUUAUUAAUCUAUUUCCUCAUGUAACAUACGAUCAAGUUCAAGUUAGAGUCAUUCUACCCGAAGGUGCAAGGAAUGUUAAAAUGGAUUUGCCAUUUUCUGUGGAUAAAGAGAUCCAUUCGAUUCAUAAAACAUAUUUAGAUACAUCAGGAAGAUAUAUGAUAACAAUAGAAAAAAAUAAUUUAAUUAAUGAACACCAUAAAUCAUUCCAAGUUUCGUAUCAACAUAGCACAAUAGAUUUAUUGGAGAAGCCAUUUGCUGCAUCUACUUUCUUUUUAGGAGGAUUUAUACUUACAGAUAUAACUUUAUAA